CUGCUAGCAGCGUUUGAGGUGCUUUAACGCUUCGGCUAAUUGGGGCUCGUUACUUCUUUAAGGUUCAUUCUCGCGCCGUUGUUGCGGUUGGACUUUGUUAUUUUAUUGUAGCUCUUUUGUUGGCUCGCUGGUAUUUUCGCUGCCACUCGCUCCUUCCGAUACACACUAUUUUUCCAUCUGCGAAAUCAAAACACAUCAAGCGAAGCAUAUAACUUUAAAAAACAGUUAUCAAAGUUGCCUGUUUAGUUCUACUCGAGCCAGCGCUGCACAAUUCAGCAGCAAAACUACUCAACAACAACAAAAUUUUAUUCAAAAUCAAAGCUCUGCGCGGUGUCCACGGCUGCAGACAACUUCGGAGUCGUCAUAGUCCCUGCCGUUAGCGUCCUCUGGCGUUUUCUUGCCCCGUGUGCCGAGUGUGAUAUAACAGCAGUGAAGGAGUGUCCAUCCUAGCCUCUUCUCGCCUCUACAUGUGUCCCCAUGUGUGCCCAUGAAGCAUUGAAGUGACGGCGACUCAACGUGGAUCCCUGGAACAAAGUGAGGCCUUGACCAUUGAAGGAGGGUGCUCGCGACAUUUAAAUGAAGAAUCAUGGGGAAUGGUAUGAACAAGGUUUUGCCGGGACUAUAUGUGGGCAACUACCGCGACUCCAAAGACUAUCAGCAGCUGGAGAAGUUCAAAAUUACUCACAUAAUAGCCAUACAUGACAGUCCUAGGCGCCUCUUGCCGGACAAGCACUAUCUGUGUGUGAUGGCUUCUGAUACUCCAGAUCAAAAUUUGUCGCAGUACUUUUCCGUGUGCAACGACUUCAUUCACGCAGCCCGGCUAAGGGAGGGCAACGUGCUGAUCCACUGUCUGGCUGGGAUGUCGCGCUCCGUAACUGUUGCGGUCGCCUACAUUAUGACCGCCACGCACUUGAACUGGAAGGAGGCUUUGAAGGUGGUGCGCGCUGGUCGCGCAGUCGCUAAUCCCAACACGGGCUUUCAAAAUCAGCUGCAGGAGUUCGAGCAGUUCAAACUAACGGAGGAGCGUCGGCGUCUGAGGGAGCGCUUCCCGUCGUCGGCGCUGGAGCAACUAGAUCGGGUGAAGUGCAGCGUGGCCCUGGACAGCUACCAAGAGCUGCUGCAGAACAGAGACAUAUGCGAGGGCAACUGCUCUCGCGGUGAAAAGUGUCCCACAGGCGUUUGUAACAUGGACCCCACCAAAGGACUUUUCCGCCGUCGUCCGUCGAGUGCCUCCAGCACGCAAUCGAGGGUGCGCGCCCAGUCCUCUAAUGCGAACUCCAACAGCAACUCAUCGUCAAGCUCCUUGGGCGUCAGCAGCACUGCUGGCCUUGUCGUCGUAGCCCAGUCGUGUCCCACGUCGCCAAAGCGCUCGCCUCUGCAGCGUCGCUCCGUUGGCAACGAGCGCAUCCCCGAGGACGAGAUCGCCCAGCAACCAGUUACCUCCAGCGAAGCUGCCGAGUACGCAGCAGCCAUUGAGGAUGCUCGCCGCGAGCAGCGUCAGCAGCAGCUUCAACUCCAGCGGUCUCCGUCACGCCAGAGCUACAAGUCAGGCGGGCGAGUCAACUCCAUAAGUGGAGCAGGGCGCGUGAGCAGCGCGGGCAGUCAAAGGAAGAAGCCGGAAGCUGAGGACAGCCAUGGCAGUGCCGCGCAGCUGCAGCGCAGCGCCAGCACGGUCAGCGGCUUUGGCGUGCGUCCCCGCAGCAGUCCGGCGGGUCUGCAUGCCUACACGGGCUCGGUGCCGUCAUCUGUGCACGGAUCGCGGGUCGAUCUUCGCGAGAUUGACAAGGGCUCGGCUAUCUACUUGGGCUGUUCUGCGCCGCGUGCUUCAACCUUAUCGAUAACAUCGUCCCGUGGCUCAUCGGGCGGUUCGGCACCGCCCUCCCCAUGCCAUACCCCUCCCUCCAGCCCACGGCAUGGUGUCAGAAGAUCGACUAGCUUGGCGAAAAAGUCCAGGUGAAGCCGUCUACUCUCAUCAAGCUCCGCUCUCGAAUAUUUGUAUACAGCAGAACCUGCCCACACGUUUGUAAUCUAUUUGCGCGCUAACUUCAGCGAAACCUAUUGAGGAUCACUUCCUACGAUUAUCACUUAGACUCAGGUCUACAAGGGAUGAACGCCGAUCUCUUGCCGUUAUUUUUACACAUCUACAUCUGUAGGUACCCCUAUACCAUUUUGUAGGCUUAAUAAUGCGACUAAUUCGGAAGCAGCCUUAAUUUGUGCACAAUUAAAGUAUUAGAUAUUUACUAUGCUCCUUAUGAACCUCACCAGAUGUUAAGCAAUCCAAGAUGUUAGUCUUACGUUUUAUGCUGAGUGAGUUGAAGGGAGCCGAGGCUCAUAUUACAUUGGCCUUUCAUUCAUGGCGCUGUAUUCUAAUUAAUCAGAAUGAAGGUAAAAUCUAACAUGCUCUCCCUAUCUAAUUUUGGUGAGGUACUUUAUAGGGUUCAUCUAUCGUCCAUGAAAUAUUAGCAAGCUAUUGGAAACUUGAAAAUCGCUUAAGCUUAGAGUUGUUGAGAUUUAUUUAGCAGCAUUCGUCAAUUGAGUGCAAAUCGAAAUAAUCAAAACUUGGAGAAGGAGGAAACCUUACAUAUUUGUAAAAUUGUUGACACUAUUUUUUAAGAGACGCAUUUAACAAAUAUAUUUAAAAAUAUAUAUUUGCGAAUUAACGUUAUAUGUAUAAUUAUAUUUAUAAAGAAACUUGAAAACAGUGCUCCAAUCGAAGAGGUGGGCACUGGUCCAUUUGUUAGUUUUGUACCGAGUCGAAAUGCUCCUGGCAGUCGAACAAUAAUCGAGACAUACAUUAUUAUAUAAACAUAUUUAUAUAUAUUGCAUAUACAUAUACAUAUACAGAUUUGAAAAACUUUAAAUGCAUAUUUUGAGUAGAUUUGUUGUUGCAAGCAUUUUGAUAGGACAACCAAAAAAGCCCGAUUAUAUAUAUAUACAAAUACGACUCAUGUCUAGUAUGAAUCGCAGAUAUUGUUAUUUAGUAACUUGUUGAAUUGUGUUUUAUUAAAACCACCAAAAACAGAGCACACGCAUACAAUACAUUUGUGACAUUGAACACAACAAAUUACAAAAUUAAAUGUUACGCGUUGAAGUGCGCUUUAAAGCUUGUGGCUUAUCAAAUUAAUGAAAGGAAAAAAACUUAAGGUACACAAAUACAUAGAAUUACAUAUAUAUAUAUUAAUAUAAACCUAGCUAAACUAAGUUCAAACAAAAGCAAUCAAAUUGAAAUUGAAAUUCCCUAAUAGAGUUUAUGUAUCGUAUUUAUAUAUAUGUAUGUACAUAUAUAAAAUACAUACUUAUUUACAAGCAAUUCGAAACUUUUGCAAGCUGGCUUUCGCAAGACUUUAGAGUUAAAAGAGAGGGGAGAAUUAUAUGUUAAGGACGUUCCGAGAAAAAUGCACAAAUUGGUUUUAAACUCAAAUGAAAAACACGUUAAGUUUGAAUAAAUUACAUAUACUACUAUAAAACUACACGCAAUAUAAAUAUAACAAUAGUAAGUGUGUCUUCAAGACAACAAGAAAUUUCAAAUAAAAACACAAUUGAUGAAAAACA